AUGGCUUUCGGCCCACCGAGGGCGAAGAGGACCGUCGCUGCGCACUUCUGGACGCGUUAUGGAUUGACCACCCAUAACGCCGUAGACCGCAUGGUCUACGUUGCGGCUCAGCCGGGUAAUUUUUACCCGGCUGAGCACAUCCAGACCCUCACACGCCACACCACCCAAGCCAACUACCACCACAGCGACAACGACAACGCCACAAUCACAACGACACCACAAUCACAACUUUAA